CUUGAUUUGGUGUAUAUUGGAAAGAAAGAACCAGGAACUAAUUACUCCAAACCAUCUAGCAGAUGAUUAAGACAUCACACUCCUCAAUCUUACACUCUCCCACUGGUCUUGCACAAUCUCCCCAAUUCUUCGCUUCCAGCGCUGAAAAAUGUUAGGGCGAAAUCCCUAUUUGAAUUCCAAGAGCUUCGUGUACCCGAAGUGCUGAAAAACGUGACGAGCCCACGAGCCCUGCUACCUGACUUGCUCUCAGCUUGGAGAACCUUGAGCUUCCAAUAAAUCAGUGCUUCAACAUUUUAAUUUGUGGGUCAAAUAACAAAAGCAUCUCAGUUGAAAAAAUUUAUUGGCCAUGGCUGAUUUUUUGACCUCUACCCACCGAGCCAAGUGGAUUUUCUCUCCUCAACAGCUGGAUGAGAAAUAUAGAGCUGCUAAUCAGAGAGCCAAACAAGUUCUAGAGAAGAAUUCCUCUGAUCAGCAAUUGCAACUGUCUGCUAUUGCGAACACUAUGGGUGUCAUGGCUGCAGCCUGUGUCAUGCAUCCUCGAGUCAUCUCUGGUGGUUCUCCGGCCAAUUGAAUUGAGUUGCAUUUUGCAAAUUUGUAUGCCUUUGUGGAGCAACUCUAAUGGAAGUCGAUGUUGAUGGGUCGUUGUCAUAUCUUGAACCCCAGAUGACUGCAAAGGACGGUGCUGAAAAGCAUUCUCGGACAAAACCUCUUAGUAUUGAAGAAGAACAAUGUAUAAGGGUAUUUUAUGAAAACAAGUUACAAGAAGUAUGUAACAAUUUCCGCUUCCCUCAUAAGAUCCAGGCAACAGCCCUUAUCUAUUUUAAAAGAUUCUAUCUGCAAUGGUCGGUGAUGGAACAUCAACCAAAACAUAUUAUGUUGACCUGCAUAUAUGCUGCUUGUAAGAUAGAAGAGAAUCACGUGUCAGCUGAAGAGCUUGGUAAAGGGAUUUCACAGGAUCAUCAAAUGAUUCUCAACAAUGAGAUGAUAGUUUAUCAGAGUUUGGAAUUUGAUCUUAUUGUUUAUGCACCAUAUCGCUCAGUUGAAGGUUUUAUAAAUGACAUGGAGGAAUUCUGCAAUGCUGGUGAUGAUCAGCUUCAAAUGCUCAAGACUUUGCAAAACACAGCAAGAUCAGAAGUUGAUAAAAUGAUGCUUACAGAUGCACCACUUUUAUUUCCUCCUGGGCAGUUGGCCUUGGCUGCUUUGCACAAGUCAAAUGCACUCCAUAAAGUCAUUGACUUUGAUAGUUAUCUUGAGAGCAUGUUUUCUCGCCAGAAUUCCAUGCACACAAUAUCCGAGCUUUCUGAAUCACUGCAUGGAAUUGAUUCUUUGGUUAGAAAAUACAAAGUUCCUUCUGACAAGGAAUUGAAGCAUAUCAACCGAAAACUAAAGUCUUGUUGGGGUCAUAGCUCUCAUGACGAGGGCAAGAAGAGGGAGAAGAAAUCAAAGCACAAGUCCAAAAAGAGUUCAAAUGAAGCACAAAAUAUGUCAUCUCUUUUAUAGCUAGCUAUAUAUUCAUUUUAUAUGGAUGCCAACUUUUUGGUUUCUAUUUGGAUACGAAGGAUGACGUUAUUGUCUUUAACCGAUAGAUAACGUUUUCCUCAUCCUAGAUGAUAUAGCGUCAGUGGCCAAGGAACCUUUUGAAAACUCCUUCCGCUGGCUACUUGUUAGUUUCCUUUUGCCCUCAGUUUCCGUUUGUAUAACGUGUGUGCCCAAAGGAACUUAUUGCCUCAAA